UGAGGGACUGAACGGACACCUAUGUGUUUAUCCGAUGGGGUCCUCACAAGGAGGCGUGUUUACCUUUACGUCACAGCAAUUUGCCAAGGAAGAUCCUUUUGGUUAUAUAAGGGUUGCUAUCAUGUUUCAUGGCAUUCCAGUUACGGGAGGGAUCGGAGGAGGCCAAGCAAACAAACCGGAAUUGUAUGAGGAAGUAAAGUUGUACAAAAAUGCGAGAGAACGUGAAAAGUAUGACAACAUGGCCGAGCUGUUUGCUGUGGUCAAGACCCUUCAGGCACUAGAAAAAGCCUAUAUCCAGGACUGUGUCACACCGAAUGAGUACACUGCUUUCUGCUCCAGACUUCUGGUUCAGUAUAAGGCUGCCUUCAAACAGGUCCAGGGCUCUGACGUAGGCUCCAUCGAUGACUUCUGCAGAAAGUACAGACUUGACUGCCCUCUAGCCAUGGAGAGAAUAAAGGAGGACCGACCAAUCACCAUCAAGGACGACAUGGGCAACCUGAACCGUUGCAUUGCAGAUAUUGUUUCUCUCUUCAUCACUGUGAUGGACAAGCUGAGACUGGAGAUCAGAGCGAUGGACGAGAUCCAACCUGACCUGAGAGAGCUCAUGGAAACUAUGAACAGAAUGAGUAACAUGCCUCCAGAAUCUGAGGCAAAGGAGAAAGUCAGCCUUUGGCUGACCACCCUGAGCAGUAUGUCUGCGUCCGACGAGCUUGACGACUCCCAGGUCCGCCAGAUGCUCUUCGACCUGGAGUCGGCCUACAACGCCUUCAACCGCUUCCUCCACUCCUCCUAGAGCCGUCGGCGGCCCACGCGUCUCACCGACUCCCUCCUGACUCCCAACCCCCCCCCCCCCCCAAACCCAGUUGUUGAAGGGGAUGUGUCAUCCAUGUCCGUAAAGGGGCUUGAUUUGGUGAAAUUGCAACCUAAUCUGUUACUUUGCCUCUCGUCUGCCCUAUGUAGCGUUGAAAUGCAACUAACCUUUCAAGGUCAAGGGAUUUGGUCAGAAUCUAUUCAAACAUAGCCUCCAUGCCUUGCCUACUUGGUCCGACCUCUGACCUUUUGGCUAGUGAUUAGAGCGAUAUUGCAGAGCUAGCCCUUGUCCCUGGAUAUUAGUGAUGAUGACGCCAUCUGUAUGGCUUUCUACCCCGUCUUUGAUACAACGGUUAUGUCUUGUCUUUAUAUCGUGAUAUGGGGUUUAUUUUAUACAAUUUGUAGUGGAAUACAAAUCUACGGUAUAGUGGAUAUAAACUGCUAGGUGGGACUAAGUGUAAACCAAAAGAUUAAUCUGAUUCCAAAAGAAGAAUAUAAUAUAAUGCAUUGCAAAACAAACCAGGUUUGCAUCAUAAGUUACAAACACCGGAGUUAACAAAUGAUACAACAAGGUUGGUUCUAAAUCGCUUUGCAAUGCAUUAUAUUAUUACGUGUCAGUGUCUGAAAAAGGUUUUAUAUAAUUUAUCACUUGGAUAUUGAUAUUGGUAAUAGAUCGAAGAUCUCCAGAGUUUAUGUUAAUCCACAGAUAAUCAUAUUACCCUUAUUUGAAAACAUGAACAAUGUUUUCCUCCUCACUCUUUCUGUAGAGAUAAAACUAUAUAGUACCCUUUUAUCUUAUGUAUCCUAACCAGCUUAUUUAGUUAGGAUUUAGCAACACAAGACUGCACUAUCCUAUCAUUUUGCUAUCCAAGUCCUCUGCAACAUUUAGGGAGAGCAUAUUUAUUGAGGCUUUAAUUGUAAAUAAUAGUUUUGAAUUUAAUUGAAAGCAUGUAACACUUUUUUAGAAAUAAAACAAUCAAUAAAAUUGGA